AUGCCGCCGAAGGGUCCAUAUAAGCUGGUGACGGUCAACACUUCACCUGAACGAGCAUGGAGGCUAGUUGGGAUCGUUGUCGAGGACCUCAAAGCCCGGUACUCCAUUCAGCACCAAGCGAACUGUGCAACAAUUGACGAGGUCGAGCAGACGGUGGAAGAGAUCCGACCCGACGUUCUGUUCUGCGCCUCGAUGUGGGCGCCGGAGGAGAGCAAGAGGAUUCAAAACAUCGCUAGAGCAAUCGUACCAGAUAUCAAGAUACUCGCUCUUCCUUAUGGAAUACAAGUCGCCAAGGGCCCGGAUGCGGUGCUUGACUUUCUAAAGCAGCAAAUACCAGAACUUUUGGGCUAG